AUGUCUUAGAGCACAAGAAGACUUUAAAUAAAGUUAGAGGAAUAGGAAAAACAGCAAAAUCUCAUUUUGAACGAUGUUAUCUUAAAUGAACAAAAUUGUUAGAUAGUAGCGGAAUUUUUCAGUAAAUUUAACCGCUUCCAGACCAUUGAGCUUAAAGGAAAUAAUAUAACACCAACUGGGUUUGCAAUAAUUUGUAAAGCUCUUCAAGGAAACCAAAAUUUGAAAGAACUCCAUUUAGAAUGGAAUCAAAUAGGAUAGGACAGUUAAGAAGGUCUUUAAGCACUGCUAAAUUUACUUGAUUAUUGCUCAAACAUAACUCAUAUUGAUUUGAAAAACAAUAACAUUAAUUCAGAUGGGGCUUAUAUCAUUUCAAAAAUUCUUGAAGUAAACAAAAAUUUGCUUUCACUUGAUCUUAAGUGGAAUGACAUUGGUGUUAAGGGAGCCGAAAUGAUUUUAGAUGGACUCGAAAAAAAUACACAAAUAAAAAGUUUAGAUAUUUCAUGCAAUAAGGUACCUGAAGAAAUGAUAGCCGAAGUUAACAGGAUCCUGAAUAGAAAUAGAAGUGGAAAUUUUGCUAAUAUGAAUGUUCCAAGACCACCAAGAUAACCAUCCAGAUAAGACAAGAACGAACCAAUUAGAAUAUAGGAAAAUUUUAAUACCCAGCCUUUAAAAAAUAGUAUGAACAUAUCUUCUGCAUAAGACAGGCAAAAUGCUUCAGUUUAAAGUGUCAACAUUUACCCAUAAGAAGGCCAAUAGAAUACCUAAAAUUUUUAGAGUAGAUAAUAACAGGAUAAAAAAUAAUCUAUGAAUUAGAUCGAAAAAAUGUUAUAAAAUGAGAAAAAGAGAGUAAAUGAUAUGAAGGAAAGAAUAGAGCAAGAACUUUAGGAGGAGUAAAGAGUUAGAUAAUAGUUUGAAGUUAAUUUAUUAAAGCUGAGGGAUAGCGUAUUGCAAAAAGAAGGUGUCAUUUCUGGGUUGUAGUUGGAUUUUAACAAUUUAGUAAACGAAAAUAAUUAUCUUCGUAAUGAUUUGGAAAAGGUCAAGGCUGAUUUGUCAAUUUUACAAGAUAAGUACUCAUAAGCAAUAGAGGGAUUAUAGGAACACAUUUCAAACAAUAAUAAGGUUGUUGCUACCCUUGAAAGAGACUAAAUUGAGGCAGUGACUAUUCUUGUUUAAGAUUAAUAAAGAAAUAUGACUGAUAUGAUUAGAGAGUGGUCAAGUCGUUAUAAUAGUCUUGAUGAGAAAUAUAUCUCUCUCAAAUCUAUUAAUGAGGACCUUAAAGAUAAGAUAAAUAUAAUUCGUGAACAGAUGUUAAAAAUAAGAUUGGAUGGAGAUGAUUAAAAGAGAAAUUUAAAGAUUAGAAUUUAAGACGAUGUACAAAGAAAGUAUGAAAUACCUAUAAAAAAUGUAGAAAAUGCUUAUCGUGUAGCAUAGGAUUAGCGAGAAGAAAUAUUGAGAAAAAAUCAAGAAAUAGUAAAAGAUAUAAAUUAUAAAGAGCAAAAGUACCACUCUGCAAUAUUAAACUUAGAGAAGGAAAUUGCUGAACAAAGAUAGCAACUCAAUACUAUUCAUAACAAAUUGUCAGUUAGAAAUAUGAAAAUUGAAUCUCACAAAACAAAGCACGUUUAAAAAGAUGAUUAAAUACAAGAUUUGGAGGAAGAACUAUUGGAGGCAUAAAGAGCAUUGCAACGCUUGAAGGAUGAUAACAAAGAAAAGUAGGAAUAUGUAAUAUUCUAGCAUAAUAAUGAGAAAAAGCUCUUUAAAGAAUCUUAGGAAUUACUUCAUCAGAGAGUUCUCGAGCUUGAAAGAGCAAUUAGAAACCAAGACCAAUAAAAUUCUCGCUUAAAGACAGAAUAUGAAAAAUUGUGCCAUGUUUUGCAAUCAAAUAUUUAAAGAUCUGUUGUAGAUACUCUAGCUCAUGAAUAAAAUGUAUUACAUGUUCCUCACAUAAUUCACAGCAAUCCACCAAUAGUUUAUCAAGUUCCUCCAUAAUAAGUAGUUUACACUAAUGUGCCGAUUAAUUAAAUACCCAAUCCUAACUACUCUCAUUUGUGA